AUGUUCAAGAAUGCCAACAGAAUGGGCUGGGAUAUUUUCAACGAAACCAAGAAAUUACCAGCAUUUACUCCUCGCACUGACGAGCAGAGAAAGCAAGAGAAAGAGAGAGCCGAGUCCGCACGCCAAGUUGGUCAGGUCUUGGGCAAUCCUGCCGACGAGUCUGAGAUCGCCCGCAACGACAUUUCUUUGCAGACCCUUAGAGAUUUAAACGGUGAGGAGCCUAAGAUCCACAGAAAAUACCUCGCAAUCAAGACCGCGAGAGAUGCCUUGAUCGCAAAGAGAAAGAAGAUUACUUCUGUCUCGAAGAAGGGUGUUUACGAGUUCAACGCGGAUGAACUUGCGAACCCCUUCAGCGCACUGUCAAUUCAGCGCACUCAAGAUGAGAAGGUCGAAACUUCUGAAGAGUCGAAGACGCAGACACAGAAUGGUGGAGAGGAGAGAAAGGUUGAGGAUGAAGUUGUGGAUAACACCGCAACUGAUUCACCAUUUUCAAGAUAA